GAUUAUCCAACCAUUUUAAACGUAAACGCCAUGUCUAAACAUCGACCCACUUAUGAAAAAAUGAUCGAAGACGCAAUUCUUAUGUUAAAUGAACGUAGAGGAAGUAGUCGUCAAGCUAUAAAGAAAUAUCUUUUUGAAAAAUAUGAAGAACUUUCCAAUAUUCCUGGUACUAAUACCAGAAUUAAUACGGCUAUCAGGAAAGGCGUUGCAAAUGGAAAAUUUAAGUAUUCAAAAGGUCCUGCUAGUAGAAUUGGAUUGGUCAAAAAACCAAGACGAAAGAAAGAGGAGCCUCAAAAUGAGGAUGUCAAACCUAGUACCUCCGCUGCCGCCGCUACAAAAAUGAAUAACACAAGAUUAAUGAUCGUAAGUCCAGGUCAAAAUGGCAAUGACAAGCCACGAUCUAGCGUAAGUCCAGGUCGAAAUGGUAAUGACAAGCCACGAUCUAGUGUUAGUCCAGGUCAAAAUGAUAUUGACUAA